AUGUUUGAUCUUGAGGAUAAUAAUCCGUUGCUACCUGCACCCCAAUCAGAUAACGAAGGAUCCAUUUAUGGACUCGAAUUAGAUUGUCCCAACUCAAGACAAACAUGGAGAAUUUGUAACAACUUGAAGUUGUUAAUUGACAAAGUGGUCCCAAUUCUUUUUGACAAAGAAGAGAUCCUCAGACCAGAUUCUUCAAUCCUCAAUGAGAAUGUUAUUGAGUUGUGUUAUACUGCUGCCGGAGGUAAGGGUGAUGGGAAAGAAGGUACAUCGUCUCGCAAAUAUCGUGCGUGUUUGGUAUUUUGUCUCUUAAAAGUGUGCGAUUGGUAUUGGCAACAAAGUGAGUUUGAAUUGAGUGAUAAUGAGUUGUAUUCAUUGCGUGCUGUAAGUGCCCAGACUUUGGCAGCCAUUAUUAUUGAACGCGAGAAGGAUGAUAAAUAUCUAUUCUUGAGUAUGUUGUGUCACCGGUAUACAAUUUGCUUGAAUGGAAAAGACGCCGACCCAAUUAGUGCUUUAGAAUUGGCGGUAGACAUGCACUCUACUAUAGUUAUAAGUUCGUCUGGAUUUCAAAGGUGUAUCAAGUGGCUAUGGAGAGGUUGGAUUGUUCAAUCGUCAUCAGAUCCCCAUUCGUAUGUCUUGUACAACGGAGUUGCAUCGCACUCAAUUAGAACCCAUUUUGACCCGGCCAGGCUCAAGACUCCAUUGUACCAGAAUAUAUUGGAAGUGUUUUUUAGUUUUGUUUACUUGGCGCUUUAUUCAAUCAUAUUGAAUACCAACUCCAAGGAGUUUUCCAGCUUGAACGGCUUUGAAGUAAUCUUUUACUUGUGCACAUUGGGAUCUGUUUUAGAUGAAUGUGUCAAGUUUUACCACGUUGGAUGGAACUAUUUGGGAUUUUGGAACGCUUUCAACGAUUCGAUGUAUGCAAUUAUCACCAUUGCUAUAGGCUUUAGAUUUGCCAGUUUCAAUGCACAUGGUGAUUUGCAAAAUAGAUACGACGAAAUAUCUUAUCGAUUAUUGAGUUGUGCAGCGCCCUUUAUGUGGUCAAGACUAUUAUUGUUUUUGGAUGCUGAAAAGUUCGUUGGUGCUAUGAUGGUUGUAUUGAAAGUAAUGAUGAAAGAGUCGAUCUUGUUCUUUGUCUUGUUGGGUGUCGUUAUUAUCGGUUUCUUGCAAGGAUUUAUCGGAUUGGAUGCCUCAGAUGGGGAAAGUGAUGCCACCAUGAAGAUUUUGCGAUCAUUAUUCAAAGGCGUCAUUGGUAGUUCAUCUUUUGAUGAGAUGGGGAAGUUGGUGCCACCAUAUGCGUCGAUUCUUUACUACGUCUACACGUUCUUGCUUAGUGUCAUAUUGAUGAAUAUCUUGAUUGCAUUAUACUCCACGGCUUAUGCAGCAAUAGUCGACAACGCAACCGAUGAAUAUUUGGCUUUACUCGCACAAAAGACAUUAAGAUACGUUAGAGCCCCUGAUACAAACAUUUAUGUGCCUCCUUUGAAUUUAAUCGAAAUUGCAAUAACCCCAAUAAGUUGGAUCACAUCAAAGAGGACGUUCAAGAUUUUAAACUAUUAUGUAAUGCUUAUUAUGUAUUCGCCGUUGUUGCUUUACAUCACCACUGUCGAGUUGACAGCAGCAAGGAGAAUCACAUACAACCGAUACAAGCAUCUCCCUGAUGAUGCCAAUGAACAUGAUACAGAGUGGGACUUGACUGAUGGAUUUGGUGAUGCAAAUGAUGGCGUUGAUUCUUCUCAACAAAAUAAUACGCCAUUGGAUGGGGUUAGAGCUCGUACUUCUGAGAUAAAUGAUGAACUAAGAGCACAAAGAGAAGGCGAAAGACGGGAUAGCGAAUUCAUGAUUAAUUUGAGUGAAUUUGAAAAAAAGAUCGAAGCUGUAGCCAAGCCCGUUCAGGAAGCAACGAAAGUUGGUUUAAAUUGGCAAUUCUAUGACUUGUACAAAAAGAUUGAUAAAUUGACCGAUAUGGUUGAGUUGGUUAUUACGGAAAAUAAGGAAUUGAAAAGCAAGUUAGACUCAAAGUUGAAUAAUUGA